CACGGAUCGACACAGUGUCACUGACUCCUUAUAAAAACGCAUCCAAAUCCAAACCCACACAUUACAACAACUCGCACAGCUUCUCCUUCAACUCUCCAACGCAGAAUUUGAUUCGACUCAGUCGAGGUUGUAUUCACCAAGAUGUCUGGCAGAGGAAAGGGGGGCAAGGGUUUGGGAAAGGGAGGAGCGAAACGACACCGUAAGGUGCUUCGCGAUAACAUUCAGGGAAUAACGAAGCCGGCGAUUCGGCGAUUGGCUCGCAGAGGUGGCGUGAAGCGUAUCAGUGGUUUGAUUUACGAGGAGACUCGUGGUGUUCUCAAGAUCUUCUUGGAGAACGUGAUUCGUGACGCUGUUACUUACACGGAGCACGCAAGGAGGAAGACUGUUACUGCUAUGGAUGUUGUUUAUGCUUUGAAGAGGCAGGGAAGGACCCUCUAUGGAUUUGGGGGUUAGGGUUUUGGUUCUGUACGGUCGCUUGAUUUUCCUCUCCGGGGAGAAGUCUUGCUGUCAAGAAAAGAAAAUGGCAGGAAUUGAAGUUAGGUUUUGCUUUUCUUUGUUGUCUUUGUAGUUGAAAGGGUAAUGGUAGGUGUGAUUAUCAGAUAUAUGUUUUGGUGAUAGGUGUUUUACUUGGUUUUGUUGGUUCUGUGAUGUGCUGUAACUACUUUUGAUGGAAUUGAGAAUUAUAUCAUAUUUCAGUUCCCAGUUCA